AUGGAAGAAGAUAAGAAAUUACAGGAAUUGAUUGAAGUAAUUAGUCAACUCUUACAGCUCGCAACUUCGUACGAGCGGCUGCGGUUACAAAGCUCCGUUCAGUUAUUGGGCGCAUGCGCCACCAUCCAGCCACGCCAAUGCAUUGUUAACUUGUUGAACCAAGAGCUACAGGACCAGAUUGUUUGGGCUAACAUGUACCGGAAUUAUCAGAGCCAACCAGAUGUAACCACAGUACAAGUGGGCAAUGGCUGGCGGAGCGCAUCCUUCGACGGGGACGAUUGGUUGCACGAGUUCGCCAAUGAAGUGUUGGAGGGCGCAGAAACGAUAUGCAUGAUAUUGGAUCAAUCACCAGAGCACAUACAUGUUAGAGGGGGUUGGAUUCCGGUGGUCCGCCGCUCCCGUUCGUCCAGGGCCGAUGAUGAUCAGUGCUCUGCUUCGGAGUUUGAUGACAUGGGCGAGGAGGAGGUACCCAUCGGCGGAGAUGAUGCCGAGUACUGGGGGCCAAAAGAGUCACAUGAGGACGACCGAGAUAUUUCGGAACUCGGACCAAAAAAGCUUUGCUUCUGGUACUUUUGA